AUGCACGCCCGUCUCGACUUGAUGCCUGGACUGCAGUGCGACGUCGCCUCCCUUGGAGUCCUUGGAGCCCUCCAGACUACGCUGCUUUCGGCCGCUGCUGCCGUGGCCCGCCUUGAGCACCACGUCACGUGCCCUGCCCACGACAAACGACAACCAUCUCGGCCGUUCAACCUGGGAGAGCACUGCAGUCUCGGCCUUGUCGUCGCUCUGCUUUGGAACAAGACUGCAGCUGCUGCGCCUUUGAUUACCUCCGUCCGACUUGCUGGGCUAAAAACAUGCAUGGCUCUUGAUUGCAUCGGCCUUGCACACGGCCCUUCAUUACACCAAGCCAGAGAAAAAUACUCCUUGUUUGCGCCAGAGUUUCAGUCGCGCCCGUCCAGGGAGUCCACAGUCCAGAGUCCAGAGUCCAGGGUUGGCGGGCACAACCACUACUGCCCUACCACCCGCAGCAACUGCCAGGCACGUGUUAAUGUGGGGCCCACCCCUUCCUGCCGCCGUCUGUGCAAAGACUUGUAG